UCUUCUUAACCGACGUGCGCUCGCAUGGGCAGUCCUGGUUGCGUCUCCUCCACACGCUAGCGAGUAGCUAUACAACGUACCUUUCCCUUCCUCUUGCUCCUCCUCGUCGUCGUCUUGCUCGUCCUGCCUGAUCAAUCUUUCUCGCUCUUAUCUCCUCUCAUCUCUCAAUCUCUCUCAGAUAAUUAAACCAAGUGUGCAGAUAGAUAUAUAGCUGCUGCUGCAUGUGUAGGGAUUGCCUCUGACAUAUUACUAUUCCUUGCAUGCGAAAGAGAGACUAGCUCUUGUCACUCUCCUCUGCCCUUCUUCCUUCGAUUCAAGAAGGCACAGUAGUGUGUAUAUAUAUACAGGCAUACAUACCGUUCUUGCCGCCUCUAGUUUGGGUGUGAUUGAAUGACAAAGGAGAUGGCCGAUGAUGUCGAGUACCAUGAGGAGUUUGUGACGAAUCCGAGGGGGUUGCGGCUCUUCACAUGCGGCUGGCUUCCUGCUUCUUCCUCCCCCAAGGCGCUCAUCUUCCUUUGCCAUGGCUACGGCAUGGAGGUCAGUGGCUUCAUGAAAGCAUGUGGGGUCGAGCUGGCCACGGCGGGUUACGGCGUGUUCGGCAUCGAUUAUGAGGGGCAUGGCAAGUCCAUGGGUGCCAGAUGCUACAUCCAGAAGUUCGAGCAUCUUGUCGAUGACUGCGACAGAUUCUUCAAAUCAAUAUGUGAGCUGGAGGAGUACAGAGACAAGAGCCGGUUCCUGUACGGGGAGUCGAUGGGCGGCGCGGUUGCGCUGCUGCUGCACCGCAAGGACCCAACCUUCUGGGACGGCGCCGUCCUCGUCGCGCCGAUGUGCAAGAUAUCGGAGAAGGUGAAGCCGCAUCCGUUGGUGGUGACGCUCCUGACGCAGGUGGAGGAGAUCAUCCCCAAGUGGAAGAUCGUCCCCACCAAGGACGUCAUCGACUCUGCCUUCAAAGACCCCAUCAAGCGCGAAAAGAUCAGGAAGAACAAGCUGAUCUACCAGGACAAGCCCAGGCUGAAGACGGCGCUGGAGCUGCUGCGAACCAGCAUCAGCGUCGAGCAAAGCUUGUCACAGGUGAGCAUGCCGUUCUUCAUCCUGCACGGCGAGGCCGACAAGGUGACGGACCCGGAGGUGAGCCGUGCGCUGUACGAGCGCGCCGCCAGCGCCGACAAGACCAUCAAGCUCUACCCGGGGAUGUGGCACGGCCUCACCGCCGGCGAGCCGGACCACAACGUCCACCUCGUCUUCUCCGACAUCGUCGCCUGGCUCGACCGCCGCAGCCACCGCCAGGACAGGGCGAGCAUUACCCCGCCGGCGGCCUGCACCGACAGCGCCGCCGCCGCUGCGGCGGACAGCCCAGUGUCGCCUGAGCCGCCGCGGCAAGGCGCCGCCGGCGGCUUCCUCUGCGGCCUAACCGGCCGAGCAAAUCCCCAGCAAUGUAGGAUGUAAAAUAUAGAAAGAGGGGAAAAAAAAAGAACUCCCUUGAUAUACAAAAUGAAAGGAAUGCAGAUGUUGUGAUGCAAACAGUGUCAUGAACAAGUUCAGAGAAAUUUUUAGUUUCAUCAGAACAGUUUCUGUUUGUUUCAGUUUGAACAUGCACCAGCUGCCUGCCUAGAGCGAGCAGCCUGGCAAAAUACAAAUUUCUGAGAGAACAUGUAAUUUAUACCAUAUAAUGCUAUCAUCUCAACAAAGAA